AUGCGGGAUCCCCAAUCGGAUUCCAAUCUGAGACUUAUCGACUUACCAUAUGUUGUGCUGUAUGAAUGUUUGGAAAAAGUUGACCCAUUCAAACGAUUGGGCGUUCGAAAAGUGUGCCGAAAGUUCAAAGGAAUCAUCGAUGAAAUGGAUCCCGGUUUCAAAGACCUUUCCAUUUCAAUUGAUCGUCUUGACCAAGUUAUUGCAAGUAUCGAUCAUUAUCGGUUUGGAUACUGCUGGGACUGUGAUGCUGGAUGAUAUUUGACACGUAUUGUCAAUGACGAGAAAAAAAAUAUAGCCUAUAUUGGAGAAUCAGUGUACCCUCCUGUGGAACUGCUGAUGAAAGACUUGACAAGAGUGAUGAGCCAUCCAAUGAGCCUGCAUCAAACUACUCGCUUUUUCCGUUUUUUCAAAGCAGGAGAUUUGAAACGAGUUAUUGUGGAAGCCGAAACACUUGAAGAACUCUACACUUCGGAUCAAUGGAAAAUGGCCGAGUAUGUGGAAGUUGGCGCUAGGACAAGGGACGUUCCCAUCAAACAUCUUAUUAACAUCUCGGAGUUCACUGUCAAUUAUGAGCGGCUUACAGUUGAGCAAGCUUUCGAAAUCAGAGAAAAUAUCAUGAAGUCCGAAAAAUUCAAAUCCGGAAGCAUCUACACAUUAUUGACUAUUGAAGUUGUGAAAAUUUUCGAUCCGAAUUACAUCUCGAUUACACAUCCCGAAAUCAGUGGCAUCAUAAAGUGUACCUUCCAUGGCCACGAAUUUACCAUCCGUCUCAAUGAAUUGUCUUUUUAUGGUUUGGAGAUUAGAAAGGAACCUUUUGCAAUUAUUUGA